AUGUUAAAAUUCGUCAUUCUUGUGCCUCAAGAGAUAGAAACCACUAUUGCAACACUAUCAUCAUCAAUGACAAUAACAUCACUGGCAACAUCCACAUUAACACUGCCACAAACAACAACAACAACAACAACAACAGCAACUACAACUACAACUCAGCAGUCAGGAUGGUUUCGUACGGGUAGUAUGCAUAAUGUACGAGAACGACACACAGCAUCCUUAUUAACAAAUGGAAAAGUAUUAGUUAUUGGUGGACUUAAUAAUGCUGAUCCUACCAUCGGUGAAUUAUAUGAUCCAUCAAGUGGAACUUGGACAAUUACUGGUAGCAUAAAUAAUGCACGAGAGGGACAUACUGCAUCUAUUUUGGAAAAUGGACAAGUCUUAGUUGUUGGUGGUGAGAAUGGUGGCAAUUUAAACACUGCUGAGUUGUAUGAUCCAUCUACAGGAAUGUGGACAACUACUGGACAUAUGAAUCAUCCACGAGAUGGACAUACAAUAUCUCUAUUAACAAAUGGGCAAGUAUUAGUUACUGGCGGACUUAACGGACUUGGUGCUCUAAAUAGUGCUGAGUUAUAUAAUCCAUUGAUAGGAACAUGGACACUUAUUAAUACCAUGAAUAAUGCACGAUAUGGACACACGGCAUCUUUACUAACAAACGGAAAUGUGUUAGUUACCGGGGGAUAUAAUAAUCUUGUUGGUCUGCAUAGUGCUGAGUUGUAUGAUCCAUCAACAGGAAUGUGGACCACUACUGGAGACAUGAAUUAUGCUCGAGAGCGGCACACCGCAUCCUUACUAAUAAACGAAAAAGUAUUAGUUACCGGUGGAUAUAAUAAUCUUAGUGCGACAAACACUGCUGAAUUGUAUGAUCCGUCAAGUGGAACUUGGACAAUUACUGGAAGCAUGAAUCAUGCACGAGAGCAACAUACAGCAUCCCUAUUAAGAAAUGGUAUAGUGUUAAUUACUGGUGGACGAGGACAUUCUGAUACUUUUAAUAGUACUGAAUUGUAUAAUCCAUUAACAGGACUUUGGACAACCACUCACAGUAUGAACGAUGCUCGAUCUUCACACACAGCAUCCGUAUUACAAAAUGGAAAUGUCUUAGUUACUGGUGGAAUUAGUGAUGUUUUAACUCUCAAGAGUGCAGAAAUAUAUCAAACUGAUUAA